AUGAGUCUUGGGCUGCGGGGCGCUUCCUUGGUCCUGCUCUUGUCUGCAGCCUUCGCUGUCCAGAGACACAUCAACCGACGCCGACGCAACCCAGCUGACUUACCAUAUCCUCCUGGUCCCAAGGGCUAUCCCAUUAUUGGCAACCUGCUCGACAUCCCAUCCCAUUUCCUCUAUAAACGUUUCAAAGAAAUUGGCGAAGAGAUCGGGUCUGACAUCGUUCACGUAUCCGUCUUCGGGUAUCAUCUUGUUGUUCUCAACACGAAGACGGUGGCUGACGACCUGCUGGAAAAGCGGUCGGCCAUAUAUUCUGACAGGCCGCGGAUGCCCAUGCUUUGUGAAUUAAUGGGCUUCGGGUAUUCGCUCGGCUUCACCGGGUAUGGGCAGUAUUGGAAGGACGCUCGCCGAUUGUUCCAUCAGCACUUCUCCCACGCUGCCGUUGUCCAGUUCCGUCCAAAGCAGCUCCGGGCUUCUCAUCUGCUGCUCCGUAACCUGAUCGAACAGCCGGAGCGCUGGACAGAUCAUCUGGCUCUGAUGGCAGGUAGCGUGAUACUCGAUGUCGGUUACGGUAUACAGGCCGACUCGCCCGACAAUUUCUACAUCCGCCAGUCGGAGUUGGCCCUUCAGCUAGUAGACAAGGCGGGUGCCCCUGGCGCUUGGUUUGUCGACAUCUUUCCGUUCCUCAAGCAUAUGCCUAUUUGGAUGCCGGGGGCGGGGUUCAAACGGAAAGCCCUCAAGUGGCGCCGAACUCUCGAGGCUACGCGUGAUCUUCCCUUUGAAUUCACCAAGGGCGAGAUGCUGAAGGGCACGGCGCAUCCCUCCUUUAGUUCUCUGACAUUAAGCGCCAUCGACGAGCGCGCGCAGAAAGGAGCAGGGGAUCCCGGCGCGGACACGAGCGUGAACACUUUGCGGACAUGGUUGCUCGCCAUGCUGCUUUACCCGGAUGUCAUGGGACGUGCGCGCGACGAAAUCGACCACGCCGUAGGGCACGGGCGUCUUCCGUCAUACGAGGACGAGGAAGACUUGCCAUAUGUCACGGCUAUGAUGAAGGAGACCAUCCGGUGGCAGCAGGUUGCGCCCUUUGCGAUCCCCCACGUAGCCGCGCAAGACGAUGUUUAUAAGGGGUACUUCAUCCCGAAAGGCUCGAUCAUACUCGGGAACAGCUGGGCGAUCUGCCAUGACGAGAAGCUCUUCCCCGACCCCUUCACGUUUAAACCGGAGCGAUUCCUGGACCCGAACCUGGACCCUCGCGCCCAUGCCGCAGUAGAUCACGCAUUCGGCUUCGGCCGUCGGAUGUGCCCAGGUCGUUUCAUGGCAUAUGGCUUUGUUUGGAUCACGAUGGCGGGGCUGCUAGCGACAUUCGACAUAGAGAAACCUCGCGACGAGUACGGUCGGGUGAUUGAACCCAGCGGCAAGUACUCCGGCGGUAUCCUAGGAACCCCAGAGCCUUUCGAAGUGUCUCUGAAACCACGCUCCCUAGAGGCGGCAGAGCUGAUCUUACACACCAUCUGA